GUGGAAAUGAUGCAUGAAAUCAAGUUCCAUAACCCGAGGAAAUUGUGGGUAUAUUUUUCUGUUUUACAGCGAUGUGGGUAUUAUGGAGAUUUAUUUCUGUGGUCAUCAACAUGCUGCAAGAUAUCCAUCAUUCUCACAACAUCACCCAUUAAACUUUGUUUGCUUCUAGGUCUUCACCCGUCGUCCGAAUGCUGAUAUCUGGUUGGAUAUCAUGAAAUUGGUUGAUCACGACUGCGUAAACCACCGAGCCCAUCGACGCAAUGACCACUUUUACAAUGGUCAUCUUUUGGUUAUGGCAGACAAUUUCAAAAAAAACCUUCGUCGUAUUUUUACAAUGGUCAUCCCUUGGUUAUGACAGGCAAUUUCAAAAAAAUGUCUUCGUCGUACCAUCUGUGGUCUACUCACAUAGAAGAUAUUCAAAUUAUUUUCGUCUAACUCCGACAUCCAAGGCGUCUCAGUACCGAAGCAGAAUCACAGUCGGCGCUUGCACGAGGAGGCUCUGCGUAGCAAGGUAUUUGACCGGGAUCGGUCUGACGCUUUGUUUCAGAAUCAAGCUGGCAUGCAAUUGCUCGGCGGAGUUCACAUCGGCUCCAAAGAAGGAGACGAGAGGGAGAUAGACGGGCUUUUGACGAUUCCCGCAGAGCCGCAGAAUAUGAUCCAAGUGAGUGACAUAGUGGAAAAGCCGUUGGCCAUGUGCAAGUCUUUGCGGCCAAACGACCAGUAUCCUAGCACCGAGGCGGUGAAGGAAGGCAAAUUAGUUCUUGGACCAUUGCAGGCACCACGACCAUUGACGGAAGUGGAAGCAGUGGCAAGAAGAAACACGGAUCUAGUGAACGAAACGAUGUUAUUUUAUGUUAAGGCUCAAAAUAUUAACAGCUAUAAUUAUGUAGUUAAGUGUUAAGCCUCAAAAUAUGUUAUUUUAUGUACAGUUUAUUUAAGGCUUUCCACAGGUUGUUCCUCGGAGUCGAGCCAGGUGCCGGGGGGCUUCGAUGUGCAGGAUUCACAACCUCCUAACCUAACCUUGUUCUCUCUUUUUGUUUUUAUACAGUUUCAUUCUUAGGAACAACAUGAUACAACAAGGAAGUGGAGAAAUGACGGACCUAGAAGUGAAUUAUUUUGGUUGCGCUCUAAUUUAGGGGACGAAGGAGGUGGUGGAAGUAGUAGCAGCACAGCUAAUCUGUUUUCGACAUCUGGAUCUAGAGCAACACUAGGUGGCGGUGCUGGACUAGGUGGAGGAAGUGGAGUCACUCGUGGAGGAUUGAAAGGCUCACAGUCUGCUAUGACCCUCAAUGAUCUGCCUGUCCGCGUUUCUUUAGGGGGGAGUAAGCGCACGUUUCGAAGAGCUAUGGCGAAGACAGAAAGGAUAAGCAACAAUCGACAGCAACUUCAGAACGUCCUGCUGCAGACAGCCGCCAUGACAGGUCACUACGACCAGACCCUCUCAACGUGGCGCCAAGAGCGUGCCGCGAUAGGCGGCGGCUCAAUCGGAGCACUGCUUUUAGGUGAGAGUGCGGCCUCGACACUCAACCGCCCAACUAGCUCACAGGGCUCCAAUGCCCCCGACGCUGGUUCGACUGCGGGGGCAGACGUUGCAGGAGGAGCCACCGGCGCUGUAGUUGAAGGGCAGCACUACACUUCGCCAAACCGAGGAGGCGCGUCGUCUAGUGAAGAACAGAUGGCCUACGCUGAGAACCAUCAAGAUCAUUAUGGUUACAGCUUUUAGAGUGUCCAUCUUUCUCGGCAUCUUGAUCCCCUUUUGGCCUUGCAUUCUCAUGAAAUACAAGGGGAAAGGGGUCGAGAUGAGGGGAUUAUAGCUGAGUCUAACGUCAAGCUGUGGCGGAUUCGGCGACGGGGGAAGAACCUAGCGGCGCAGCCCCUGUUGGAGGAGCAGCGAUCUCGCCAUCAACGCGUGGAAGUGCUGGAGGCGACAACAUCGACCCCAGUGUGCGACAGCAGAUUUACGGCCCUCUGCUGAACACCAACGACGCGAUUUGCAAAGCUGCUGAUAAGAUUCCAUUAUUAAGGCUACCGCUGAAGUAUUCUUGGCAGCAUCCUUAUAUCGCGUUUUCCACUCGAAAACGAAGCCAAGGAUGCGCCCAGAAAACGAAGCCAAGGUGGAGCUCUAACACUAGUCUGCGCUGGCGACUCUAUCCCAGUCAUCGGCGCUGGUGGCGUGAGGCUUUUGCGACCAAAUCAGUACAGCAUCUCCCAAAAUUUCUCCGACGCUUACAAAAGCAGCAUCCUGACCACGAAGAAGAAGGCCAUAGUGUUCGGAACAUGCGCCAUCGACAAGGCAGAGCGCGAGGAGCAAGCUGGUGGGAGUAGUAGCUCUACUUCAGCUGGCCACCAUCUUGGCGGAGGUGGUUCUAUUGGCGGCCAGCACCUAAAUGCGUCCGCUUCUGCCGGAUCAGUUCUGCUGCGAAAGAACGCCUACUCAACGCUAAAUCCGAACAGCAUCAUGCCCAGUAUCAAGCAGCUGUACGGCACAACGUGGUACAAUACGCUACCAUGCAAGGGAGACAGCAAGGUGACCCAGAUAGGCGCAAUGCCGGUGAUAAUAGCGAGCGGAGUGGAUGCAGAAACGAAGGUACGAAACUGGAAGAGAAUUAGAUUUAUCUCUGAUCAUAGACCCAAUUGCUCAAAAAUCUGGAUCAUAUCAACAUAUUUUUUCCCCAUUAUUUAAGUAAAAAAUAAUGAUUAUGAUAAUCUAAACAUCCUCAACAUCAAUCUUCACCAUCAGAUCCGCCCUGUGGUGUGGAACAACAAGGAGUUCGGGCAUAUCGACGUUGCUCCCGGUGCCACUAACAAUCAUGUGGAAACAACGUUUUCCAAUGUCCGGUAUCCUUACAACAAUCACGGACUGUUCUACCACAACGUGAACAACAAGACGUCGAACACGAUUUCGAGCACCCACCUAGAAUUGAACGCGAGGAUGCUGACGCAGAAGCAGACGAAGAGCACGCUGUCGCUCGAUAGAGAAGAACUCUACAGGUACGUGGCAACAGAUCAAGGGCCACUGACAGGAGCAGUGAACCACGCCGACCUAGGAGCCCAUAUAGACCAUGCGAAGUACAUUCCAAGAGGGCAGGACUAUGCGAAGACAGCUAAGAUACCGGUAGUAAUUUUGACAAAUAAUUGGAAUUUUGGUUUGCAACUUCUAAGCAGCGAGAAGUAUUUUUGAAAUUCAAUUCUAGGAUUCGUUGUAGUUGUUCCUGUGACAUUCAUUCAAUUUUGUUCGAAUCAAGAAAGAGCAAGAGUCGUCUCAUUCGAAGGAUCUAUUUUUUUUUUCGUGUCAAAACUCCUACAUCUUCAUCAUCAUCAUCAUCAUCCUCAGGUCGCGUCCCGGUUUCAGAGUCAAUUUCUUGCACGCAAUAAGGAGAUGUGUCCAACACCCCAGGAUAGCAAGAACGGUGCUUGCCCUGGCACUCGGGACGUUUCUGGUCCCUUUCGUUAAGGCUUCCCCUUAGAAUCUAUCUCUUUGUAUAGCGAUCCCUCAGCGGUAUGUUGUACACAAAUAAAAAGGAGAUACUGAUGCGUAAGUAUCCUUGUGGGAUCCCUGUAGGGAUGAAUUGCGAAAAGCUCUAACUUUUCCCAUGGAAACAGCAUUGCUUCCGCGCCGACGAACCUGAGCGCAAUGGACGAUUCGGCCCGCGCAUUUUCAAUGCAGAGAAUUUGGGAGAGAGACCACUGGACUUUCCUAUUUCUGGCAUCGAGAGCAGACCGAACCCGGAUCAUAUCACGAAUUUUCUUAACAUUGAGAAAAUGGACUCUGGAGAUGCUAACGUGAAUAUCGCCGUAGUCAGACCGGAAAUGAGCUCGAACGUCGGGAAAGCGAGCUCAAACUUUCGAUAG